GCCGCGGGCGGGGAGCGGGGAGCGGGGCGGAACCGCGGGCGGUUUGAAGCGCGGAGAUGGCGACGAAGCGGCUGGCCAGGUUGCUGGGGAUGGCGCGGAGCGGCCGGAGCGGCGGGGCGACGGAGCGGCGAUCCGGAUUCGGCUUCCUGCUCGUCCUCGACUUCGAGUCCACCUGCUGGCGGGACGCGCGGCAGCGCCGCCCCGAGAUCAUUGAGUUCCCGGCCGUGCUGCUGAACGCCGCCACGGGGCGGAUCGAGGCCGAGUUCCACACCUUCGUGCAGCCGCAGGAGCAGCCCGUGCUCUCCGAGUUCUGCACGGCGCUGACCGGCGUCACGCAGAAACAAGUUGACGAAGGAGUCCCUCUGCACAUCUGCUUGUCACAAUUCUUGAAGUGGCUUCAGGAGAUACAGAAGGAGAAGAAAUUUCUGAUUGUCUCAGAAAUCCCAAGUAAUGCCAUUCCUGAGACACAGCUGUGUGCUUUUGUUACCUGGACAGACUGGGACCUGGGCGUGUGCUUGCACUACGAAUGUAAGAGGAAACAGUUACGGAAACCUGACAUCUUCAAUUCCUGGAUUGAUCUCAAAGCAACGUACAGGGCCUUCUACAACAGAAAACCUAAAGGGCUGAGUGGUGCUUUGCAGGAUUUGGGACUGGCUUUUGUAGGACGGGAACAUUCUGGGUUGGAUGAUUCUCGGAAUACUGCUUGCCUUGCUUGGAGGCUGAUUUGUGAUGGGUGUGUGCUGAAGAUUACUAAAUCUUUGGAUAAGUCCUGUCCUAGGAAGAACUUAAUUUCCAGAACGCUGAAUACCAACUCUGCUGACAAGACUCUGCCAGGAAGUAGCAGCAGCCUUGAAACAUCCGGAAAUAGACCUUGCAAAGCAAGCUCUCUGGCAGAGAGAAACCACAACGGUACUGCUGGAAUUAUGGUAAAUUCUCAUGUACAAUCUGCAGAACAGGCCACUUGCAGUGAUUGCUCUGCAGACAUGCGUGUUGUAUCUGGCAGCAGCUCACGAUCUGGUUGCCAUGAGGAAGUCCAAAGCUCUUCCACAGUAUCUGCUGAGAGAUUUCCUCUUCUUGGAUGUGCACAGCAAUCUCACAGUAAUUUAUCACCAGGCAUUCAGCAAGGAUUGAACAGUGGGCAUCUCAUGAACACAGCAAGGUACAGCUCUCCAGUGUGUGGGUCAGGACUAGUACUCAUCUCCACCACCAUCUCCUCAGUUAAUACCUCCAGUGAGGAUACAGGCACUCAUUCUGAUUGUUUGUCUCUGCUGACUGACUGGGAAGAUGUAGCUCUAAUACCUAAAUCUCAAUCUGAACCAAAUUCAGACUGCGUUCAAUCUAAGGAGGACUCAAGUACAGACUUCUUAACUGUGUCUGAAGAAGAAACAAUUCCAAAGCAAUCGGCUGCAAUCAGUUCAGGUGAUCAAAGUUUGGGGAAAACUCUGGUACCCAUUGAACACCCCAGAUCUAUCAUUUACAAAAGUCCUGAUACUACAAUCUAUAAUGUAGGAACAGUACAAAGGCAGACUUCAAAUCUUUCUGCUUUUAAGAUGCCAUCUGCAAAAGUAAAUGCUAUUUCAUCUCAAUCAGUAUUAAUGAGAAAUUAUUCUAUUCCUUCUGAGGUUCCCAAAAGAAAGCCAACUAGUCCAACAGCACUCCCACCAGCAAAAAAACAGCCUUUUGCUGUCUAUCAAGAGAAAACUGCGUCUUCAGAUCAUGCCUUGCCUCUGAGAAAUUUGAAUUUGUCCAAAGCAUCUCGCACCAUUCUGAGCUCCGCAGUCAAUCUGAAUCAGUCUGUAACAGCUGUGAAAAAUGAAAAACUAACCCCUCCUCUGUGUAACUGUGGUCGAAGGGCUAAAAGGCUCUAUGUGUCAAAUGCAGGUCCAAAUCAUGGCAAGGCUUUUUUCUCUUGUCCUGUUGACAGGCGUGAAGGUAGUAAGCGAAGUUGUGGAUACUUCAAGUGGGAAAACGCAUUUCUAAAAGAGAAAUCUCGUGAUAUCGCCAUGAAUGUAGAUGCUUUGACCUCUCUUGGAACGUGCCCCAACACUUCAGGAAAUUAUUCCAACAAAUCUUUGUUCCUCAGACCAUCUAUGAGAACUUGAAGCUUCUUAAUUUGGUGGU